AUGUCGAAAAACAACAAAAUCAUUCCAUUUAAACUAGGAAUUGUUGAUUAUGAAAGUUCAAUGAUGAUGAAAUUCGCAUUCGAUGAUGCAUCUACGGAAACAAGUCAGGACAAUUCUAGUUGCAUAUUCAGCUUUAAUCAUUACAAGGAACCAGUUGUUCUUAAUGGGCUCAUAUUAACAAUGAUCGGUUUAAUUCUUGGAUUAUUAAUAAUGCUUAAUAAAAAACUACAUAUCACAUCCACGAAGAAUAGUUUAUUCAUGGUUAUAACCAUGAUAUUUCUAGAUGUCGGUGUUGCAUUACUAAUGUCAGUUGGAAAAUGGUACGAACAAAUUAUUUCUGUAACUGUGGCUACCGCGCUCCUCAUCAUAGCCAUUUUAUUGGGUGUAAGGCUAGAUAGUUCAGAAAGGAAAUGGAUGAUACUCUUGUGUGUGAUGUGUGGCGUAUUUAUGUUAACUGGAAUCAUUCUCAUUGUUUUGUGGGUGAUAUUUAGAAACAAAUAUUUAAUAGUUGUAACUUUGGUUUGUUGGUGCGGCGCAAUGUUCAUUGUGAUUAUAUUCACAACAUAUUAUCUACCACACGGUUUACGACCACGACAACAUUUAAAUUCACCGUCGCAAAUCAGAAAGAACGAGAAAAGCUGUGGAAAUGCUCAUUUGAUAUCAGCACUUGGUAAACAAACAUUAUAUUUUGACCUAUCCGCUAGUGAACAAAAGCAGCUUGCCACGUCUAUAUUUUAG